AAAGAAUGGCAACAAGUUAUUAAAAUCAACAAAAUAAGGGCAAUUGUAAUGGUUGUCAUGAAUGCGUGUAGAAAAAUAAUAUUGAAUUAAAUGAAGUUUAUGCAAGUUCUUCAAUAAUUAUUGUGCAUUGAUUAACUUUGAUGAUUUAUCUCACAGUUUUGCAAAAGCUUUUCUUAAACUUCUCUAUAACUGUAUAAACAAAUAAAAUAGGACACUUUAGCUGACCAUAAGAUGUGGCUUCAAUCAUUCACCAGCCACAAAACCUGAGAAACUUUUAUCAAGAAUUACAGCACUCAUGAGCAGAACAACUGUAUCUGUUUCUCGACAUAAUCCGAAGUCCUACGAUUAUUUGUUGAAGUUUUUACUAGUAGGAGACAGUGAUGUUGGUAAACAAGAGAUUCUUAGUGGCCUUGAAGAUGGCUCCCAGGAAUCACCAUUUUGUGGCUCCUCAGGUGUUGCAUAUAAAACAACCACAAUAUUAUUAGAUGGAAAACGAAUUAAACUCCAGCUGUGGGAAUCUUCAGGCCAGGGAAGGUUUUCUACUAUUAUCCGAUCUUAUUCUAGAGGAGCACAGGGGAUUAUACUUGUGUAUGAUAUUACAAAUAAGUGGUCAUUCGAUGGCAUUGACAGGUGGCUGCAAGAAGUUGAAGAGCAUGCACCUGGUAUUCCAAAAAUCCUUAUUGGAAAUCGACUACAUUUAGCUUUUAAAAGGCAAGUUUGUGAAGGUACUGCUGAAUCAUAUGCUAGGAAGCAUAGUAUGGUGUUUUUUGAAGUGAGUCCUUUGUGUAAUUACAACAUAACAGAAUCAUUUGUUGAGCUUUCACGCAUGGCUCUUCUUAGAAAUGGUAUGGAAAGACUGUGGCGAAGCAAUAGAGUAUUGUCACUUCAAGAACUCUGUUGCCGUGCGAUUGUUGCCCGAACAACAGUGUACAGUAUUGAGCAGCUUCCUCUUCCGGUCUCCUUGAAGUCCUGUCUCAAAUCAUAUUCAAUGACAACUUAUAAAUCACGUCCUCAUCUUCCAAACUCAAGAGACAAGUCUUUGAAGAAAACCAAGCAGUUGCAUCACCCUUGUGAUUCACUCACGUCCCAGUGUCGAAAGAGCUGCUCUAUAUCCUAGCCAAGUGUACAUUUUCAUGUAUAUAGCCAUCUUCUCAACUGCUCAUCUUAAAAAAGAAAGAAAAUUAUCAUGUUGCCAAUGUUUUUUAAUGAGGAAAAAAAACUGUAACAAAGCAUAUCUCCUUUUUUUUAGAAAAAAAAGAAAAGGAAAUUGGAUAAAAUUGUGAUUUGUAAUUUAGUGUGUAGGCUCUGCAGGGUUUUUCCCACUUUCCUUCCCCCUGCAGUAGAUAUUACUUGUUUUGUAAAUUAGAGACUAAAAUUUCAUGCUUCUUAAGUUGUAUAUUCCUAAAUGUUGUGUAAUUGUGAUGUCGAAUUGUAUAGUCAGGAUAUUUUACAAUUAAAGUCUAAGAACUUGUUCA